AGAGUCUUAUGACUAUAAAUGGCGAUUCUCCAAGGUGUCUGUAUUUAAAAAAAAAAGAAAGAAAAGAAAAAAAAUCAAUCCGAGUCAUCCCCCACGUCAGGCCUGCUCGUGGGCGUGAGGCUGUACUUCCUCCGCCCCCUCCUAAUGGAGCGAACCAUUCCCAGCUCUUCUCCCCCCCCCAGCCUCUCACUCUCUCGCUCUCUUUCUGUCUCUUCCUCGCUCCCUCUCUUUCUCUCCUCCCUCUGCCUUCCCAGUGCAUAAAGUCUCGGUCGCUCCCGGAACUUGUUGGCAAUGCCUAUGUUUCAGCUUUCCCCCGCGUUCUCUAAACUAACUAUUUAAAGGUCUGCGGUCGCAAAUGGUUUGAGUAAACGUAGGAUGGGACUUAAGUUGAACGGCAGAUAUAUCUCACUGAUCCUCGCGGUGCAAAUAGCUUACCUGGUGCAGGCCGUGAGAGCAGCGGGCAAGUGCGAUGCAGUCUUUAAGGGCUUUUCAGACUGUUUGCUCAAGCUGGGCGACAGCAUGGCCAACUACCCGCAGGGCCUGGACGACAAGACGAACAUCAAGACCGUGUGCACAUACUGGGAGGAUUUCCACAGCUGCACGGUCACAGCUCUUACGGAUUGCCAGGAAGGGGCGAAAGAUAUGUGGGAUAAACUGAGAAAAGAAUCGAAAAACCUCAACAUCCAAGGCAGCUUAUUCGAACUCUGCGGCGGCGGCAACGGGGCGGCCGGGUCCCUGCUCCCGGCGCUCUCCGUGCUCCUGGUGUCUCUCUCGGCAGCUUUAGCGACCUGGCUUUCCUUCUGAGCGCGGGACCGGGUCCCCGCCCCCCUGCGCACCCACCCACACUCACUCCAUGCUCCCGGAAAUCGAGAGGAAGAGCCAUCCGUUCUCUGAGGACAUUGUGAUUCUCUGUGAUGUUGAAAACACUCAUAUGGGAUUGUGGGAAAUCUUCUGUUUCUCUCCUUUUUUUUUUUUUAAUUUUGUUUGAUCCUUCGUGUUUUUAUUUGCCAAAUGUUACCGAUCAGUGAGCAAGCAAGCACAGCCAAAACCGGACCUCAGCUUUAGUCCGUCUUCACAUAAAAAUAAGAAAACGGCAAACUCACCCCCAUUUUUAAAAAAAAAAAUAUUUUAUUUUUUGGCAAAAGAAUCUCAGGAAUGGCCCUGGGCCACCUACUAUAUUAAUCAUGUUGAUAACAUGAAAAAUGAUAGGCUCCUCCUAAUAGGAAAGCGAGGAGAGGAGAAGGCCAGGGGAAUGAAUUCAAGAGUGGUGUCCGCGUGGAAAGCAUCUGGGAAUAGUCACACUCACGUCUUUCUUCCACAGUACCUUGUUUUGAUCAUUUCCACUGCACAUUUCUCCUCCAGAAAAGCGAAAACACAAGAGUGUGGGCUUUGCGUUUUAAGGAUGAGAGAGAGGUUGUUUAUAGUGGGAAAGGUGGUCAGAGAAAUGCUGCUAUGGUCACGAGGGGCCGGUUUCACCUGCUAUUGUCGAAGCGUCUUUCAGGUCCACUGCCUUUAUUUUCCCUCCUCUCUCUUGUUUUAACUGUUACACAUACCUGAAUAUCCAACGGUAUAGAUCACAAGGGGGUAAUCAAUGUUAAAUCUAAAAUAUAGUUACAAAAAAGAUUUUGACAUAAAAGAGCCUUGAUUUUAAAAAAAAAAGAGAGAGAUGUAAUUUAAAAAGUUUAUUAUAAAUUAAAUUCAGCAAAAAUUUGCUACAAAGUAUAGAGAAGUAUAAAAAUAAAAGUUAUUGUUUGAA